CUAUCUUGUGUGCAUCGCGCCGCACGCAGCCUCACUGCGCUUACGCAUUACAUGUUGUAUACCUUCAUAUAACAACGUUGUCUAAUAUCUCAGUGUGUAAUUAACAAAACGUUUGACCUUGGUUGAUUAUACCAUUCAAUUCUUGAUUUACAUGAUAUAACCUGAAUUAAAGCGGAAAUAGUGUCCGGUAUGUAUCAAGCGUGCACCCCGAUCUAUUUAUGUGCGCGGGCGCCAGUGGUAUUCGAGUAAGCGCCGUUCAUUUUGAAUCAAAACAUGCGUGAGCUCGGCCGCGAGGGCUCACUCGUAGCAGCCACCAUAGCGGUGUUGCACAACCGCUCCUCGGCAGACGGAAAGCCGAGGUCGAUCAAUUCGCGCGCCGCAGCCGCCGUGGCAAGAAAUGUACGAUCAGUGAAACAAGAAAACUUAAGUGCGGACUUUUCACGACGUGAGUCUGGCGGAAGCGAACGCCCACUAUCCACGGCAUCGGAAGCUUCUGAACGCGACUCUACUUCCGUUCAGUCCAGCGAGGAGCCGCCCCCACGCGAGAGCGGUGACUCGGAUAGUCCAGAUGAAGCGACCGUGAAAUGCACCGCAUGGACCGAUGGUGCCGUGCCUGCGCGGGCUGACUCUUCCAGCUGCGACUCCAGUUCCUCGACCGAUGAAGAUUCCGAGGAAAGAGAGUACAAUACCAGAGGUGGUGACGGGGACUAUAGGACUUUAACACCAAACAAACUACUUGAUAAUUCGACACGAAGGGAUGAGGACUUUAGAUGGAUGCCAACCACAGAAUUGGUGGAUGAUACGGAGGAACCUAUGGAUAGGACGGAGGAAUAUUCAGCAGCCAGCCUAGACAGGCGCCGGCGCACGCCGGGCGACCGCAGUGACCGUGAUCGCAAGUCGCGGUCGUCGCUGUCUGGCAAGCCGCCGCAACACCCCUCAAGCGUGCGCGCCUCGCCAAAACCUCGUCGUUCCCCACGAAACGAGGACACUCCGCCCGACCUACAGCGGAGAUGGAAUUCUUAUGAACAUUUUCGGUAUCCUGAAGGAGGAUGGUGGCCUCCCAUGUGUUGGUGUCACGGCCCACCAAUGCAGCCACCGCCGUGCUGCAUGCACGAUCGUUCUUGGCCGUCGCACCCUACUUUGCCACCGGCACCUUCACGACCUUAUAAGAACGAUGCUGAGGAACGCGUGCGGCGGCUGGAGGCAGACAAGGAGAGCCUGCAGCUGCAGGUCCAGGUGCUGUCGGAGCAGAUCGCGGCGCAGAACGAGAAGAUGAACGACCUGGAGCGUGCGCUCAACGAUGCACGCCAGCGGCUUGAUGACGCCGAGCAACGCUUACAAAAGGAAAUGCUGCAGCGUUCUUCGCUGGAGACCCAGAAACUGGAGUUACUGUCGAAACUGAGUGAAGUGAGACUGCGCGCUGCAGAGCGAGGCCUCUUGGAACGCUCGCCUCCGCCAGAGGUUUCAGUGCCGCUGGUCAGGCCUGCCCCGCCCAGGACGCCGCCAGCAAACUACGGCCGUCAAAUUGAGCGCAACACUCUCAUGUAUUCUUCUCUACCGCGAUCCUCAGUGUUGUCAUCAGAGACCCGCGUGGCGUUCGGUAAACAGAACAACAUGGUGGUGGCGCGCGGCCGCGGACACUCGGUGCCCAACUUAGCGGAACAUGAAGAAGCGAUACCCCGAGGCAGUCCAUCACCGUCACUUCGUGAAGUCCGAUCAAGGCUGGGCAGCGGCGGCGGCGUGAGGAUAGAGGGCGAUGACCUCACUCGCACGUCAUUGAGAGCCUCGCACCGGCAGCCGACCAACUUGCCUUGGCAAACAACAGACGUGCGGGAAUGGGAUUGCGAAACGACUUGCGGUUGGUUAGAGAGCCUGGGCUUAGAAGUAUACGUGCCUAACGCUCGCAGUUGGCUGGGGGCAGUGGCGGACGGGCGGGGAGUGAUCGCGGCCGCGUCCUACCACACGAUCGAGAAGGAGCUUGGCAUCAAACACCCACUACAUAAGAAGAAGAUUAUCCUAGCCCUUACUGAUCUAUUGGGCGGACACGGCGACGCAUUUCUGACCGCAGCCGGGCAGCUGGACACGUCGUGGACGCUGCGCUGGCUGGAGGACGUGGGCGUGUGCGGCGCCCGCAGCGCGGCGCUGGAGGCGGCGCUGGACGGCCGGCUGCUGCACCGGCUGGCGCACGCCGACCUGCAGCUGCUCAGGGUCACGCAAGCGCUGCAUGCGCUCUCCGUGCGCAGAGGCAUCCAAGUGCUCCGCGACAACAAGUUCAGCCCGGACACGAUGAUCCGGCGCGCGGCGCAGCUGGAGCCGCCGCCGGACGCGGCGCGGCUGGCGCGCUGGUCGUCGCACCGCGUCAUGCAGUGGCUCAAGCAGAUCGACCUCGCCGAGUACGCGCCCAACUUGCGCGGCGCCGGUGUACAUGGCGGGCUGAUGUUGCUAGAGCCGCGGUUCACUGCCGAGUUGCUGGCAGCCCUGCUCAACAUCCCCGCCAACAAGACGUUGCUGAGGAGGCAUCUCACACAGAGGUUUAACGACUUGCUCGGCCGGGAAGUGAUCCAGCAGAAGCGGAACGCGGAGCAGACACUCGGCUACCAGCCGCUCACUGCUACCACCAAAUACAAGGUACCAAAGAAGAGCCAGUUCUCGCUGAAGCGCAAGAAGAGCAAGGACGAGCUGGACACGUGCGACCUCGUGUGCCCGCUGGCCGACGACGGCUCAGGUGACGCCCGCGACGCCAGUCACUGCUGUGAUUUUUGUUAUUAGUUUGACGAUGAAAGUAAAACCAGUAGCGGGCGUCGCGUCGGCUGUCUCUCCCCCGCGUGACCCCGCGCGCGCACACUAGCACACACACGCACACAAACACAAUGUGUACACACACACACACUUCAAAUAAUAUAGGAUAAAGCGUGCGACUCGAUAAAAGUCCCCCUUUAUAGUAUCAUUUAAAAACUGUAACGAAAUGAAAGUUUGAUCUUAAUUUGGAUGUGUUGGUGCUAAAUUUUGAUCGCAUGGUGUCUAAAUUCUGUCAGAGGUCUUUAUUUGAAGUGUUUAACAUGACUAAUAUUAAUCGAGUCUAACUGCCAAAAAUAAUGAAUUAUAUCUGUUCAUAGAUUUAGUGUUAGAGAGUUAUAGUUUAUUUAAAAGAAGAUAUUUAAAUUAUAAUUUUGUAGAGAGAUUUUAGUGGAGUAAUGUUGUUCGAUAAAUUCUAUUUAUUGACUGAAUAUGUAAGCGAAUCCGAGAUAAAGUAUGUGGCAGGACAAAUGUUGCACAUUCCAAUGAUACACGUUUUGCUGGAGAUAUUAUUACCGGUAUAAAAAGUUGUAACUAAUUGAAACAAAGUCAUUAGCUGCAGUUUUCACGAAAUACUUAGAUAUAGUUACUAUACGUUUUGUUACAACAGUACUUAGAGCAUUUUAUAUAAAUUAUUAUAUUUAUUAAAUAUAUGAGGUAGCUUGUUAGGAAAUGACUGAAAACGACAAUAUUAUCUGGUCUCAUUUCUGCUGGCUGCGAACAUUUCGCAAGAAAUAAAUUAGCGAUGUAAGAUAUAAUAAUACGCAGAGUAUAGGUACGUUUUUCUAAAAGUUAUUAGUAUUUGACGAGUGUUUUUUAAAAUAAAUCACAUUAUCAUAGAUUAAGAACAGUCUUUGGAAUUAUUUAUUUACAUUUUAAGUAAAAACGCUUUGGAUACCGUCAUUAUCACAAAAUGGCGAUACAUAGUGACCAUCAAAGUAGGUUCUAAGCGGCAGUAGCGAGUCGCGUCCGAUCGGACAAUGUACAUGUGCGGGAAUUGUCCAUAAUUUGAACACUUUGUAUCAAUUUACAAAUUUUACACUUUAUUAGAUUUAACCUGCCCUGUUCCUAACACACUGUGCCAAAUGUAAGUACCCUAGUACGAUGAACCCUUGUCUUCCAUAGCUUUGUUACGCAUAAGAAUAUGGUGGAUGAAAUAUAUCAUUUGCCAAUAAAAACAACAAAACCAUUUGUACAAUAUUAUGUAUUAAAUAAAUUUUUACAAUAACUUAAAACCAUAAAAUGUAAAAAGUGAAUAAACCAUUGGAUGAACAUAA